AUGAGAAAGAGAAGAAAGGCGAUUCUCAACAUUUUACCGUCUGAAAUCUCACCGACGGCGGAAUCAAUUGCCAACAAUGUCGAUCUCCUCACAGAAAUCCUCCUACGUGUUCCGGCGGGAUCCAUUAUGCGAUUUAAGUGCGUGUCCAAGCAUUGGCUCUUUCUCCUCUCCGACUCCCAAUUUGCCACCAACCACUCCAUCCGAAACCCUAGACCUUCGAUCUCAGGCUUGUAUUUCUACAUUAAAGAAACCCUCAAAUCCGUCUCCCUUCACGGCCGCCGGAAUCUCCCGCCUCUCCCCUUCUUCGAUGGUCUCGGAGAGCCAUCUAAAAUUAGGGUUACACACUCCUGCAACGGCUUACUGUUGUGCUAUAACAGUCACUUCGAUGGUUAUAGACAUAGACGGCAAUACGUUGUUUGUAAUCUCACCACAAAGAAAUACACCAUACUUCCUAAAUAUGAGGGUUCAGUUCAUGGUCUUGAUGCUUGCUUGGCUUUUGAUCCUUCAAAAUCACCUCACCACUACAAAGUUGUAUUGGUCAGGGACAACCGUUGUCAGAUGGAUGUCUACAGUUCACAGAGUCUAUCUUGGAAAAUAGUUCCCGUUCGCCAAACCAGUUGUGGUCGUGGGGUCUUUUGGAAUGGAGCAAUCCACUGGUUAACCGAUGACAAUCUUCUAUUGAAAUUUGAUGUUGAUGUAGAAGAGAUGACAGCAAUGCCAAACCCUCAGUCGCCCAAAAUUCUUCCUCUAGACAAGAAGAGGUAUUUUGGACAAUGUGGUGACGGUUUGAUUCUUAUUCAGUGUCGUUCACGUCACCCCAGCGGAUUCAGAAUCCUUGAGCUGGAAAAGGAUUACAGUGGUUGGAGUGUCAAGUGUCGGGUCAAUCUUAGGCCCUUAAUAUCUGAGUUUCCUGAGAUGACAAGGAGAAUCUACUCCAAUAAAUUUAAAGUAUUGUGUGUUGUGAAGGGAGAGAAUGAAAGAGAUUUUGCACUCGUGUUAGCUAUUCCUGGAAGAAUUGUUUCCUAUUACGUGAAGCACAAGACGUGGGACGUGCUUCGGGAUCUAGCGCCAGGUGAAUCAAUUGAAUAUGGUUUGAACGGCUAUUUUGCUGUUGACGACUAUGUGUAUCCUUUUAUUGAAAACCUAUUUCCUUGUUGA